ACAGGCUUUCUGCCAGGGUAAGUCCACCCUACAUGAGAAUGAUCAUCCUCUGGCUGUUGUGCUGCUAAUACUGCAAAAGAGACCUUCCAUUCCAGGCAUGGUUCCAGGAGCAAAGUUUGUGAAGGCCAGGAUCGUGGUAGAAAAUAUGAGUUUAAAAUGUGUCACAAACACCAUGCUUCGUGCAAUUUGCGAGGUUAAUUUAAAAUACUCUGCUUAAGAAAAAUAUAUAUUUUAGAUUCAUAAAGAGACUGCACAUUCUUUUUGUAUGUUUGUUUGAGGCAGGGGGUGGGCGUUUACAUAGAUCCCUUACAGAAUCAAUAAAGUCUAAUGAUUGUCUACCGGUUGUGUAACCUGCUUAUCGGGGAUUGUCCACCAAUCCUUUUGAAACACUAGUAGUCUCUUCACGGUGCAGAUUAUUCACGGCUGUCGUGGACCAAAACUACUAAUAGAGUAAGACUAAUUGAUUUUUAUUCAUUUCUCUUGAGAUGUUAUGGCAAAGAUAUUUUAGACUGAAUUAUUUAAAAUUAUCCACAGGAAUGUCCAUAUUUCAUGUUUUCCAGUGAACUGUGAAAAGUUUCAAUUCAGUAUAAUUUAACUAUUUUGUUCCCAUUUUUGCUGGUGUGCCAAGACGACACAACUUGGCUAUUUUGCCUGUAAUUGAUUAGCAUAUAGUUAUUAGAAUAUAUAGCACUAGCUUUUACAACUGAAAUGCCAUUGCUCUGCUUUGAAAUAAUUAUGGUAGCACAAUUAAUCACAUCUUAUUUGCAACCUUGUAAUUAAAAACAAAAAUCAGCAUGGUUUUAUAUUAAUAACUGAAGAAAAGUAACCUUUUAACGGUUUUUACAAAAAAGAAAUUGCAACCUUUCAGCAGUUCCACUUGGUCAGGAGGACGUCCAAGUAUAUAAACAUAAUAUGCUUGGACCUCGAAAAAAGAUACUGACAAAAGACUCGUGAGUAACUCUGCAGCAGUAAUAAUAUCUUCUCAGAAGUAAGUCCUAUUGAAUUCUGAGGCGCUUACUCCCAGGUAAGUGGGGUUGGGUUGCAGGCUAAACCUAGCAAACGUGGUAAAUAGAGCUGUUCUUUUUAGUUCAGUAACUGGCUAAACAUAAAGCAGAUGGAAGGAAUAAACUUGUUUCAAAAUGGAGGCAAGUAGGCAAUGAACUGUACAAGGAUCUGUAUUGUGGAUGUGGACCAGUAUUUUUAUUUAACACCUAUAAAUGAGCUGGGGUUAAAGAGUGAACAGUGAGGUAGCCAAUUUGCAGAUGACACUUGAUUAUUCAGGUGAAUACUCAAGGAAAGAGCUCCAACAUAAUUUCUCCAAACUGAAUAACUGGGCAACAAAAUGGCAAACAAGAUUCAGUGCAAGUAAGUAUGUAACACUCAUUAGGGGGAACGAUUACCAACUUCAUAUAUACACUGAUGGGAUGUAAGAAAGCUGUGAAAAAGGGAAAUUCCAUACUUGGGAUCAUUAGGAAAGGGAUUAGAAAUAAAACUGCCAGGAUCGGAAGACAUUUAUAUAUAUCUAUUGAGUUGCCAAAUUGUGGAAUGCUGGGCACGCAUAAAUUAAAUAUAAUUGAGCUGGAAGCAGAAAAGGGCAAACCCAAUGAGCAAAUGUUAGAAUUUCUUUCAUAGGAGGAAAGCCUAAGGUGCUUGGGGCUCUUUUUCUUAAAAGGCAACAAAUAGAUGAUCGUGAAUAAAGUCUUAGAACAUUAGGCACGGUUUUGAUGAGGUAGGUAGAAAAAAUACUGUUCUCCCUCUCUUUUAAACCUAGAAAGUGGGGGGUCACCCUGUUAAACCAGUUCGCCAUAAAUUCAGAACUGCUGUUAAAUUACAAUAAAUGUACAGAAUUUGCUGCCACAAGAUAUGGUGACACAGCCCACUGGCUGAAAUGGGUUUCAAAGAGGAUUUAAAUCCAUGAGGUGAAAUGAUACUUCAGUUCUAAUGGCCACAGCUAAAAGGGAACUGCAGAAGGCCAGCCACAUGGGGCCAUUCUGCAUUUACCAUUUAUAGUGGUGUAGUUGCUGUUUGAUCCAGCGUUUGCCUGCUCCUUUUGGGCACAUAUCGCUGUUAUUAGCGAGUGAGUAUGCUGCUUUCCUUUCCACACAAAUUGUGGGUUGUGUCUGUACUGAGAAAAUAUCCAUACCUGUAGUAGCUUAGUGUUCCUCCAACCAUUAAAUUCUGGAGUUAUUUAUUUGAUCACUAUUAUUUAUUUAAUCAAAUUACAAGUUUGCUUUUAAGAAAGGGGGAGCUUAAUGUGAUAAGGUGGGGAUUUUUGAUUUACUUUAUUUCUCUUUCCUUUUAGAAGAGUAAUAUCUUUUAAACAAAAUUCAGUGUGAUCUUUUGAAGAAAGAUGACCGUUCAUCUCUCAGAAAAGAAGGGCAAUGUUUUACCUGACUUUCUGCAUCUGAAUGACUUGGGAUGUGAAUCUGUAGGAGGGAAGGUAAAUUCAAAGAAAUUCACCGAAACAACAGAGGUUCAUAAAAGUAGAUGAUGUUUAGCUUUCGUGCAGGGAUUUUGAAUUUAUUUUUUAAAAUAAAAUCUAACUUCUAGAGAUAUAAAGUCAUUAUCCUAAUUAUUUAUGAUACCAAGACAUGUUUGUCUGUUUGAAAAUAUUUUGGUAAUAGAAACAAUAGAUUUCCAUAAUUUAUUUUGAUAGCAUUUUAAAAUAAAAGUGCUGCAUAAAAUAUUACGUAAUUCAAAAGCAGCUCCUUCCUGCAGGGUUACAGACACAACUGCACACUUUCAAGUGUAAUGUUGGUGUUCUUGUGCAAAUGAUAUCACAGGUGCACAAGUUUAAGUGUUAUUGAGUGCAAUAAUAAUAGCAGUUGAACUAGGAUUUGUGUAGCCUCUUUCUCACAUACAAGACACCUAUUGGAUUUUCCUUUUGUGUUAUGUGGCGUGAUCAAGCUGGUGCAAUUGGAUAUCAUCCUACAGCACCUUAAGCAAUUUAAAACCAUAUCAAAUAUAGAACACAAUAAGUAUAAUAGCAAUAAUAAUAAUAAUGAUAAUAAUAAUUCAUAUGUAGCAUUUGAUUCAUUUCAAGAUAUCCAAUGUAUCCAGCAAGCCAUUCUGGUAAAGAUUAAAAAACAGAAUUCACUACUCAUUGAAUCCCCCCCCCUCACACACUAAAAGUCAUUUUGAACAAAUGCAGUUUUAGAGCUCACGUAAAAAACCAAGGUGAGGGCUGAUAGUAUGUCUCAGGGGAAGGAAUUCCAUAACUUAGGGGGCCAUCACUGGGAAGGCCCUGUCCCUCAUACCAGCCUGCCUAAACUCGAAGAGAGAUUUCCAAUGUCGCAUGUAAAAUAAAAUUAGUAGUUACAUGUAAAUUGUAGCUGUAAUUCAUGCUUCUUUUUUAUUUUGUAAAGGUUUUAUUUGCAACGGAUGACUUUUUUGCCCCUGCAGAAAAUCUCUUAAAGGUAGGUAUGCAAUAUCUAUAUUGCUCUUUGGAUUGCAGCUGUAUUCUGGUGAUAAAGGCCACUGCGAUCCUCUGAUGAAGGGUGGUGUAUAAAUUUAAUAGAUAAAUAAAGGCCAAUUAACAGUCUAAUGCUUAAGGUAAAGGUAAAGGGACCCCUGACCAUUAGGUCCAGUCGUGACCGACUCUGGGGUUGCGGCACUCAUCUCACUUUAUUGGCCGAUGGAGCCGGCGUACAGCUUCCGGGUCAUGUGGCCAGCAUGACUAAGCCGCUUCUGGCGAACCAGAGCAGCGCACGGAAAUGCUGUUUACCUUCCUGCCAGAGUGGUACCUAUUUAUCUACUUGCGCUUUGAUGUGCUUUUGAACUGCUAGGUUGGCAGGAGCAAGGACCAAGCAACGGGAGCUCACCCCGUCGCCGGGAUUCAAACCGCCGACCUUCUGAUCGGCAAGUCCUAGGCUCUGUGGUUUAACCCACAGCGCCACCCACGUCCCUCAAUGCUUAAGGUAUUGCUGCACAACUGCCUUUUCCAAGCUGUGAAAAGUUUGGAGGGGGCACACACUACAGAGUUUCGUUUCCUUUGUAUAAGAAUAAGCAUUUGGCCAAUUGUGGUAGUGAUAAUAUACAGUAGUUAGGUAUUUUCAGACUCUGGCCUUAAUGGCUGUACAUGGAAGAGUGUCUCUUUAGGUGGUAAUGGUGUGCAAUGUCACUUAUUUCAAAUGGCCUUACAUUACAAGGGCUCCCCUUAUAAACUAGCUCUGCUUCAUUUGGGGUUGUAGCCCACCGGAUUUCUGAACUGAAUUCCAUCCUCAAUGGCACCACUAUAUGGUAGAUGCUGUUCAAGUGCUAGGCCUUUUUCAGACUGACACCAAUCUCAAGGGAAUGGCCAUAGGCGGCUAGCCAGCCCACUAGCCCUUCCCUUGCCCAGUUCACUUUUAAUUGGGUUCAUUUCACAUAACAAACACAAAACUCCGAAUCAAGGCAUUCUGAAGCAUCUACAGUGGUACCUCAGGUUACAUACGCUUCAGGUUACAGACUCCGCUAACCCAGAAAUAUUACCUCAGGUUAAUAACUUUGCUUCAGGAUGAGAACAGAAAUCGCGCAGCAGCGGCGCAGGAGGCCCCAUUAGCUAAAGUGGUGUUUCAGGCUAAGAACAGUUUCAGGUUAAGAACAGACCUUCAACGAAUUAAGUUCUUAACCCGAGGUACUACUGUACUAUAAACAUAUAGGUUUGUACUUCUGUCAGCUUUAAAACUUAUUAUAAUGAAGGGCAUAAUGCAAGCACUACCUUGAUCUUUUUUAUAUUUGUUUGCUUAGAAACAAAGACCAGCAUAUCAUGCAGACCUAUUCACCGAGUUUGGAAAGUGGAGGGAUGGAUGGGAAACCAGGAGGAAGCGCAUUCCAGGUAAAACAGCUGAACCGACAAUUAUUUAUUUUUAGAAGACUUUUCUUUUCUGAGAGAAUUUCUGAGAUUAUGGCGAAAGGUGGGUAAGGAAUCUUAUAAAUAAAUAGGAUGGAAAAUUUCCUAAAUCUACAUAUAUUAACUUUGGUUGGGUGUUGCAUUUUAAAGCUUCUUCCUUUGCGUCUUAGGUCAUGAUUGGUGCCUCAUUCAACUGGGGGUGCCAGGUACGAUUUAUGGGUUUGAGGCAGACACAUCUUACUUUGCUGGAAACUGCGCUCCUCAGAUAUCAAUCCAAGCUGCUUGCUUGAAGCCAGGUAACUUAAGAUCUCAAGAACUUUGUAGAGGUUCUGAUGAUGCUGUAUUAAAACAUGGAAAGGUGACAGGAAAGGGAUCCUAGCGGGAGCAACAUCAGGAGAACAGUCACGUUGCCUGAAACCCAGUGGGUGAUGAGCAUCAUUGAGAGAUACCAUACUUUUCUUCAAGGCCUAGGGCCAUAGCUGUCAACUUUCAGAUUUGAAAAUAAGGGAUCAGCAGCCUCACCUGUCCCAGGGACAGUAUACAGGAUAUCUAACAAUCCAGGAUAGCAGUGGGAAGCAGCGGGAAACGGUGCUGGAAUAAGGGAAUUUCCUGCAAAAAAGGGGAAGGUUGACAGCUAUGCCUAGGGCUAAAGCAGGCAUAGGCAAACUCGGCCCUCCAGAUGUUUUGGGACUACAACUCCCAUGAUCCCUAGCUGACAGGACCAGUGGUCAGGGAUGAUGGGAAUUGUAGUCCCAAAACAUCUGGAGGGCCGAGUUUGCCUAUGCCUGGGCUAGAGGUUACGAAAAGUCAUGGAGGGGGCAAGGAAAGCCAAACAUGGACCCUCAGCAGGAGGGAUUGGCUGUUGGGAAAGUGUGAAGGAGACUUUUUCAGGUUUAGCUGCCAGGCACAGGAUAUCUAGGGGCUAAUAUAGGCACUGGAGAUCAAAAAGCCAUAGUAAUGUUUCACCAUUCAUGACUGCUUGUUUCUAAUCUUCUAUGUGGAUAGUUACUGGCACAGAGCUAUGCUGACUAUAAAUGAACAGCAAGGGUAUCCAAAUACCUCAGUUGGUAGAGCAUGAGAUUCUUAAUCUCAGAGUUGUGGGUUCGAGCACCACGUUGGUCAAAAAGAUUUCUGCAUUGCAGGGGGUUGGACUAGAUGGUCUCUUCCCACCAUACAAUUCUACGAUUUAACGUCUGAAAUGGCACAUAUGUGAUUAGGAUUGUGUGUACUGAUUAUGAUGCAUUCAUCCCACAUGCUGCUACACUGUGCUAAUCCCAACCUCAUCUGUAUCACAGGGACAUCCUGACAGAAGCUUUCUUUAUCCCAACAGUAUCAGUGUAGUAAACGGCAGUGGUCGUGUUGGCAAUGAUGGAAGCGGGUGUUGUCUCUCACAAUAUCAGCAGCUUUUCAUUUUUUAUGUUUCUGCACGUGGUUUCAAAGUCAUGUUUAGUCUGCUCUUUAGACUCCCCAAAGGACCCCCUCCCCCUUAGCCCUACAGUAGAUAUCCUUUUGCUAAUAUAAUAUAUUACGAGAAAAAUAGUGAAUCUAAACAAUUAGCUUUUCAGAAGUGGAUGUGGAAGAGGUUUUGAUUAUGCCCAUAUUAUCUACUUAAAUUUCUGUUGGGCAUAUUGUCUUUGCAGAGGAGGUACCAGCGCUGCUAGCAAGAGGGAACAGAAUAGGCACAGCUGCUUCGGAUGAAGAGCUGAGGAUUGUCAAGGAGGUAACUGGGAUGCCUGUGUAGGAAAAGCACCAGAUAACACUGAGUUAUUGCGCUAAAAUUGCUGUGUUUUAUCAAAAUGUUAAGGCACAUUAUUUUAGACUACCUUCACCACCUAUUAGUGUGGAGCGGUACCUAUUUAUCUACUUGCACUGGCGUGCUUUCGAACAGCUAGGUUGGCAGGAGCAGGGACCAAGCAACGGGAGCUCACCCCAUCACGGGGAUUCGAACCGCUAACCUUCUGAUCGGCAAGCCCUAUGCUCAGUGGUUUAGACCACAGCGCCACCUGCGUCCCAAUGAAAUUGCCUCUUGGCAUCUGCAAAAUACGAAGGUGGGGAAAGGGGAUAGGCUGCACGAUGUAGGUGCCACAUAUAGGGAGUGACUAGCAGCAACCAAUGGGGAUAAAGGCCUAUUAUGCUUCUGAACUCUAUACUAUCUUCUGCUUCUCUGAACCAUCUCCCACAUAUCCCCUCUUUCUCAAUUUAUUUACCCACAGCUGUCUCUGCAGCCCCAAUCUCUAAAGCCUACUUUACAAAUAAUGAUAAGGAAUGAGUUGUUAAACCACAAGUUAACUAUGAGUUAUCCCAGACCACCAAACAAGCCAUGGCUUGUUUCUCCAAAGAGAGCCUGUGUGGUGUAGUGGUUAAGAGUGGUAGACUCGUAAUCUGGUGAACCGGGUUCGCUUCCCCGCUCCUCCACAUGCAGCUGCUGGGUGACCUUGGGCAAGUCACACUUUUCUGGAGUCUCUCAGCCCCACUCACCUCACAGAGUGUUUGUUGUGGGGGAGGAAGGGAAAGGAGAAUGUUAGCCGCUUUGAGACUCCUUCCGGUAGUGAUAAAGCGGGAUAUCAAAUCCAAACUCCUCCUCCUCCUCCUCCUCCUCCUCCUCCUCCUCCUCUUCUUCUUCUUCAUGGCUUGUUUCUCCAAAGUUUGGGUUGUUUUCUAGCUGCUCUUGCCUCAUGCCUCAUGGCUUUUAUAAUUCAGUGAGUGCCUGGGGUGCCAAACAAGCCAAGGUUAAGGUAGGGUGAUGGGUUCAUACAUAUCACCAAGCCAUAGUUAAAACAAACCAAAGUUAGUAAGCUACCCACAAACCAUAGAUUCAGAAUGUGCUUUGUUGGCAGUAAACAAACCAUUGUUAAGCUGCUGGCCUGGGUUCACACAUAACACUAUGCCAUUUUUUUAAUUAAUGCAACAUUUGUAAAGAAGAAUAUACAAGAGUUUGUGAUAGGGUAUAAGCCUAUGUGCAUACAAUUGUUGUAUGUGCAAAGGCUCUUCUUCAGUCUGUGGAUAUCAGGGGUGGGGCUAACAGAGAGAGCAAUGCAGGGGAGUCCAGGAACAUUUCUCACUAUGCACAGAAUAAAUACAUAAAAGAGAGCAUGUAAACUGUGAUGAAAACAUUCUUCUAUUACCACUCCUGCUUUUGAUGCACUUAUGUAGACCUUAGAUAUUUCUAUACUUGAGAAAGGGCUAUAAACAACGGGUAUUUGGAAUUUCCCUGGAGUAAACAAGUAAACAGGAUGGGGAGAAGUGGCCUACGAGGCUGUGCUAUGAAUGGCUGGUUUACCAGAUCACACCUAUCUACAAGUUUGUUACAUUAGUCACCUACUAAGCUUGCUCGAAAGCACAUCAAAGUGCAAGUAGAUAAAUAGGUACCGCUCCAGGGGGAAGGUAAACGGUGUUUCCGUGCGCUGCUCUGGUUUGCCAGAAGCGGCUUAGUCAUGCUGGCCACGUGACCCGGAAGCUGUACGCCUGCUCCCUCGGCCAGUAAAGCGAGAUGAGUCAGCCACAACUGGACCUAAUGGUCAGGGGUCCCUUUACCUUUAAGAUUGCAUUAAAGACGCCAAUUUUAGUGGCACUGCACAUUUCAAAAGUUUUACAUCUGAGUUACGUAAGCACCCUAAAUAUUUUAAAGGUAGUCUUGCUAUGGGCGUGGGGCCACCUCUAUACCAGCUCAGGUGUAUUAAAAAGAAAUCUAAGUAAAGUUAUCAUUUCCUUGAAAGUUAACCAGCUAAUGAAUAUUUAUUUUUAGAUGAGGUCAGAUGAAUGGACUUCCUUAGUUCCCAUCUCAAAGAUAAAAUCAGGAAACCUUGAGGCUGCCCGCAACUAUUUUGUGGCAACUUCGAAGCAAAAAUGGACACACUUAAGACUCAACAUAUAUCCAGGUAAGAUCCCUAUCAGAGGAAAUGAACCUGUGACCCUCCAGAUGUUGCUGUCAGUUAUCCCUGACUAUUAGCCAUGCUGGCUGGUACUGGUGGGAGUUGGAAGACAAUGAACAUCUGGAGAACCACAGCGAUGAAGCUGUACCACAGCUGUAUAUGUAACACCAUUUGCUCACAUUCUUUCCUUGUUAUUUCUGUCUCUCCCUUAACAAUAAUCAUAGCAUAUAUUAAGUUAUAUCCGCCGUAUAUUAUUGUAAAAUGUAACUACUAAAAAAUAUAGAAAUGUGCAUAUGCAUUAUUUUCUCUAAUCAAAAUAUGUGCAUCCUUUUCUUCUGGCAUGAAACCAGAAUUAAAACACUUUCCCCCUCCCAGAUGGUGGAAUUGCACGUUUAAAAGUGUACGGUACAAUGCAGAGAGAAUGGCCACUCUCUGGCCUGAACCACUUGAGUGAUUUGGUGGCAAUGGUGAACGGAGGUGUCUGUGUUGGAUACAGUGAUGCUCAGUUAGGCCAUCCUGGGAAUAUUUUAGGUAAGAAUCACACCAGGCUUUGUUUAUAGCCACUGAUUUGGUUUCAUGUAAUGCAGUCUGAACGUGAUGUUUUCGUGAAAUUAAGCUGUCAACUUUUUAGUGAACCGCUAAACAAUCCCUCACAAUUGUUGUUUAUGGGAAUAAUCCAUGAAAUACUAUGCCCAUUAAUGGCACUUAUGCUCAGUAAACCCAAGUGAAAUAAACAGGCAUGGUGCAAGCAGUAGUGUUUGGUGAAUUCCAUUCUGUUUUAGCUGAGAGUCCAAUGACAUUGGUUAAGCAUGAUAUUUUGCCCAGCUGAAAAUAAGUUUCUCCAGUUUAUAGGUACAGUAGAUGAAUGGGCAGAGCAAGGCAGAGAAUUUUGGAUAUAAUUUUUCAGAUCUAUUUUUCCACACUCCUCAUUUCCUCUAGCAUCAGGAAAUUGCAGUGGGUAGUGGUUCAACAAUUCAGCUUCCUUCUGAGGAGAAUGUAAUUUGUGGUAUUUCUUUUUCCCAAGACUUAUUACAAAGCAGGGGAACAGAGAACCACUAGUCUUUAACACAGUACAGUGGUACCUCGGGUUACAUAUGCUUCAGGUUACAUACGCUUCAGGUUACAGACUCCGCUAACCCAGAAAUAUUACCACAGGUUAAGAACUUUGCUUCAGGAUGAGAACAGAAAUCGCGUGGUAGCGACACAGUGGCAGCAGGAGGCCCCAUUAGCUAAAGCGGUGCUUCAGGUUAAGAACAGUUUCAGGUUAAGAACGGACCUCCGGAACGAAUUAAGUACUUAACCCGAGGUACCACUGUAUUGGUUCCCCUAAACAGCCUGUUCUUGGAGUCCUCUUGUUUCCCAUGACUGCUUUUUGCCUGGCAGUUAUAAAUCUUCAGACUCCUUUGCUAUUUAUAGUAGAAUUCCAAACACAUGGUCAUAGAAAAUGAAGGAAAAUAUAUAUAUAUAAAGGAACAGAGUAAAAAUCAUGUCUAGAUGAAGGAUUUGUAUUAGAAAGACCCAGCUAAAUAAGGUAUUUAUAUCUAUCUGCAAUAUGGAUGAAAAUCAAAUGUGAUCUGCCACGAACACUAAAUUCUGGGUUGCAAUAUUUAGUUAUUGAAUUAGUUUGAUUAAUUAAUUGAAAAUGGUUUUGUCAGCUACAAACAUGCCUCUUAUUAAUUAGGGAACCCAUAAGUACAGGAAUGUGCUUAGUGAAAAUUUUGACACCCUUGUAUUUGAACAGCAGGUCGAUAUGCCAUAUCAGAAACUCAUUUUGAAACUUCCCUCGAAUUAAUGUUCAAUAUGCACAAGUCCAAAUCCCUAUUGGGUAUGCAGAACUAAUUGUGUGGUUCUUUGGAACCUGGCUAAAACAUUUUUUCCCUUGGAAACUGUUGUUUUAUUGUUAAAGAAAUUUAAUUAAAAAAUCAUCAUUAAGUGACCAAUUACAAUAUUUACAGUUAAUUAGCUGAGGUUUAUCUCAUCAAUAGAUAGCCCUACUAAGUUCAGAAAAAAAUCACUUUAGAACAUAUAAAAUUAAGGAAUAAGGUGAUUCAUAGUUAAGACUUUUGAGUUAUUCUCUCUAUAUAGUGUCUCUAUUCUUUUGUUUUGGUGAUGGGUUAGGACCAGGAAGAGCAAAGUCCAUGAAAGAUGGAUGGGAAACAAGCAGAAGUCUGCAAAGGCCACCCAUUUUAAAGGUAAGAAACAAAUUAUUUAUAACAACUCCUAUCCAAUUCCUAAACAUAAUUCAUACACAGAAGAACACUGAUCUUUAGAAGCUGCAAUGAAUGUAAGAUUUUCAGUAUUCUUCAGCUAUUUCCUGUCAUUAAAGUGUUUUAUUGAUCUUUAUGAUGCUUCCCCCCCCCCACACAACAGUAUAUUGAAACAAUACGUUUCCAGACAAAAUGCAGUUUUUUGAGCGAAGGAGAUAACAUUGAAACUGCUGCGUAUUGGGAUCCCCCACAAAUGGAUAUUAAUAUACGAGUGGAUCAUGAGGGGGAAUCAACCACUAAAAAAAAAAGUCUUCCUUUUAAUUCCAGCUUGGUGACAAAGGAAUCUUACUUGUACCAGGAAGUGAAUGGGCAGUCUUUCGAUUGGGACAUUCAGGUGUUAUAACGCACAUAGAAAUAGACACCAGUCACUUUAAAGGUACAAAUUUCUUGUUAUGUUAGUCUUAUGUCAAACCCUCUUUACCUAGAUAACUCUGUGAAAAGUUUACUACUCUUCAAUGUGUUUCCAAAGAUUUUGGUCCAAAUAGAUAGAUAGAUAUGGAAGAUUUUGUUAAAAUUCAGCAGAUUUUGUUAUUUUAAAUCGAGCAUAAUGAAUGUUUUAAAAAUUUGUCCCUCCUUUCAAGUUGUAACAAUCAGGCAGAUGUUUUAAGAAGCAGACUGUAGUGGGUAAUAUUCAUAUUUCACCUUUGAAAAUGCCACAGGGUACAGUGGUGCCUCGCAAGACGAGUCUCUUCGUCUUGCGGGUUUUUUCGUCUUGCGAAGCAAGCCCAUUAGAGGUUUAGCGGCUUAGCGAGUCUCUUCGUCUUGCGGGUUUUUUCGUCUUGCGAAGCAAGCCCAUUAGAGGUUUAGCGGCUUAGCGCUACAGUAUUAGCGGCUUAGCCGGCUUAAAGAUCAGCUGAUAAGCGGCUUAGCCAUCAGCUGAUAAGCGGCUUAGCAUCAGCUGUUAAGCAGCUUAAAGAUCAGUUGAUAAGCGGCUUAGCAUCAGCUGUUAAGCGGCGUAAAGAUCAGCUGAUAAGCGGCUUAGCCAUCAGCUGAUAAGCGGUUUAGCGGCUUGGGAAAAAGGGGUGGGAAAGGAAAAAAACCCUGCAGGAACUCGCAAGACAUUUUCGUCUUGCGAAGCAAGCACAUAGGGAAUUCGUUUUGCGAAGCACCUCCAAAACGGAAAACCCUUUCGUCUAGCGGGUUUUCCGUCUUGCGAGGCAUUCGUCUUGCGGGGCACCACUGUAUUACUAUAUAAUCUGUGCAGUAUGAUCCUAAGCAUGUUUAUUUGGGGGAGGGGGGACCCUCUUAUCACUGAAUUCAGUGGAGUUUUACCUCAGCAAGUGUGCAAAGGGUUCCAACCUUAAAAUGCAACCAUAUAUCUCUUUACUCAGAAGUAAUACUUACUGAGUUGAAUGGGACUUCUUCCUGGGUAAGUGUAUAUAAGAUUGCAGCCCUAAUUUAUUUGGAAGGAACUAUUAGUAUAUCACAUUCAAUUAUUUUAUUAUAUUUUACUAUUAGGAAACUUUCCAGAUACAUUUAAACUUGAGGCCUGUAUUUUGAGUACAGAAGAAGAAAAUGAAUAUAAUGCACAGAAGUGGACUUUGAAGCAAGGUCCAAAAUGGAACACGCUGGUACCUGCAACAAAGGUCAGCUAUGAAUCUCUAGAUCAAUUGAAUAUGAAUAUAUCUGUAUUAUGGGUGGGAAGCACUUUACAAAAAGCAAUAUGAGUUCCAGAAAAACAAAAACCACAAACAUACAACACCCACAAAGCGUGUUCUCCUUCAUGGAGAGCACGUAUUGCAGUAGGGUCUAACAGGACACCCCCUCUUGGUUGCUGGGCGGGACCAUUUGGAUGGCAAUGACUGUGAUUGGGCCAAUUGGGGUUGUUGGGGGGAUUUUGAUGCUACCAUUUAGGGGGUUGGCCCGAAGGUUAUGUAUUCUUGGCAUGUAGCCAUUUUCAGUCUCUUUUGCUGCGUGCAUCGGAUCGCCCGCCCACCCUCCCUAAUUUAGGGUUGUUGCGUUUGACAUUGCUAUGCCUGUCAUGGGGUCGUCCGGUUUUUGGGGCAGGGGCCCGGUAGGAAUUUUGUCCAUUUGGCAGAUUGGCUGGUGCUAUUUGGUCUUUGCCUACUGCGUAGCAAAUCGUCACAACUCGUAAGGUUGCGGUUAGGAAUUGGUUAAUUUUUGGUUGGUGGAGGGGAUGUGGUUGGCAGUGCCUGCCCCUCCAAUGCAGCUGCUGCAAGGGAAUUCCGUUAAAGGAAUUGAGGGGCUUGCCAUGCUUUCAUCCAAAUCCCUAGUCUGGGGCUUGGGCCGCCCAAGCCCCCGGGAGCAUGAGGGGAGAGGUGAGGGUCUGGUGCCCGGCUCCAUUCUCUCCCCAAUAUUGUUUUCUCUUACUGGCUUUCGCUGGAAUCUGGAAGUCACUUCUGUCCCUGGACGGGGACAGAUAGUCGGAACCAAUGCCUACACAACCACUCACAUUUAUGUAUUUUAAUAAAGUUGUGGCCAAAAUUAUGCCAAAAGCCUUAAACAAAAAUUUUGUGUGAAUUGUGAUUUAUUUAGGGGGUGGCUUGGGGACCUUGACACGCAAGUAGACAAAAAGUAUAAGAUUGGAAUGAGAAUCUUUUCUGCAACUACUAUUACCAAAUUUAUUGUGUUCUUUCUCCCCCAGCUUAAACCUCAUACGAGACAUUUUUUUGAUGGUACUGCCAUAAAGAUGCUGGAUGUGUUUACUCAUGUGAAACUUACUUUUGCUCCUGAUGGAGGUGUAAGUAGGAUGCGUCUCUGGGGAUUUCCACGGGCCUUGCCAGACAUGAGGAAGUAAAAACGUUCUCAGGAAAAAAGGCUCUGCAGAAUUUCACUCAUGGUUAAUACAAGCCCGAAUACAAUUCAUCUAUCUGCAUUCAUUGAAUUAUUCCAUUUUUCCACAUCAUUGGUUCAAAUGCAACAAUUUGUUACGGUUGUACAAUAACAUCAUUUCUCUAGCUGAAUGAAUAAUUUACAUAUAUAUUUGCUAACAGGUUAUCGGAUUUGGAAAAUGGUAUUAUUUAUUAAACAAUGUUAAGAGGCAAUGAAUGCAGCUCUCGAACAGAUAGAGCACAUAAGGUAGAAAGGUUUUGUUUUUGUUUUUUAAAGCGCAGUUACAUAUCGAGCCGGUUAUAUUGUUUAGAGUGUUGGACUAGGAUUUGUGAGACCCGGAUUCAAAUCUCCACACAGCCAUGAAGCCUACAGGUUGACACUGGGCCGGUCAGACAUUCUUAGUUUCUUGCCUCGCAGGGUUGUUGUGAAGAUAAAACAGGGAAGCUGCAGAACUGCAUUUGCCACCUUGAGCUCCUUAGGUGAAAGGUGGGAUAUUAAUGUAAUAAUAAAUAACCAGAACUGACCCAAGGCAGUUUGCUGCCUGAUGUGUGGCACUGCAAAAGGCAUCCCCUGCCCUGUCAAUGUCAAUAGUACCCAAAGCAGAAAAUCGCACUUCUCCCCUCCCUGGCAAUAAGAAUAAAAUUUUAAAAACUAAGAAUUUAAUGGCACCCAAAAUCAGCUACCUGAGGUUUUCCCCUCAUUCUGCCUUGUGUGAGGACCAGCCCUAUUCAUUAAAAAUAAAAUAAAAUCCUAUGUGUAAUCUAAUUUUCAGUUUUGCUUACAUUAGUCCGGAAUAUCCAAAAUAUGUCCUCAUAUAUCCCAUUUAUCACAUAGAUGCCAUUUAUCACAGCCUUAUUCUAUGUUAACUUGGAAGUCAUUCCUGCUUGAUUUGAUUGAAGAAUUUGAGCAAGUGUGCUUAGGAGUGCAAUGUUAAGUGAUGCUGAUCACAAAUAGCUGAGAGAUUCUGGAACUAUUAAUUAUAAAAACAGAGCAAAACUGUAUUGAACAUCUGUGCAAGAAUAUGCUUCAGUAUGUUUGAAGAUUGUGUGCUAAGAAUCAAUCUUGCAUUAUUAUUAUUUUUUGCUUAGAUAGUUGUGCCUAUCUUUUCCUUUUGCCAUCUAAAAUUGAAUUAUGUUAUAAUAAAAGAAUACUUACCCUUC